UACGCAGCCAUUUCUCUUCAGCUUGUUGUAAAGUCACAUGUCCGAGAAUGCAAAUACUGCAAUAGUGGCUGAUGUUGGGGUUUGUAGGCGAAUUUCUUUAUCUAAAUGAAAGACAAACUUUUUCCUUCUAAUAAGAAUUGAGAGAAACAGCCACAUAGGCAGCCUAUUUAGACGUGGUCGAGCGAUUCCAUAACCAAGACAGUGCGCAUGGUAGACGCGGUAAUGUCGUUGAAUAUCACUGUGAAAAGUGAAGACUCCGAGUCCUUUGACGAUGAAGACGAAUCAUCUUCGCUGCUUUCGGGCAAAAGAGCCACGGAGUCUGUAGCUCGUCAUGAUAUUUCUCCGGGAGAAGGCGGUCCAAUAGAAGACCAUGCAGGAUAUUCAACACAGCAUGGGCGGCUAGCAACUAAAACGACCAGCAAACCCAUCGUACUGUAUCCUGUGAGUGCUGACCGUUUCUUUUCCUCGACUUCUGCAGAUGGCAAAACCAUCUUAAAGAUAGCUCCAGCCGCAGUCAUGACCCUCCCGACUCCUCGGCCUCCUCCCCAGGUUUCCCCAGAGUUCUCCUACCAGGCCAUCGUGUACUUGAUCGAAGCAGUGGGGCGCCGCUGGAGCCUGUACGGGACGCGGGAGCGUUCGCAGCUCUUCCAGAGCGUACAGAAGGAGUUGGAGGAGCAGGGUCAUUGUCUUCCCGUUGAGAAGAUACGCCGCAAGUGGAACAACUUGAUCGUCACCUACAAGAGGGUCAAAUACAGAGGCAGGGAGACCGGCCAGGCCAGAACCUCCUGGGAGUACUUUGAGAUGAUGGAUGCCAUGCUUGGUGACACCAUCGGCGCCGAGACCACUAGCAGCCCUACCCUAGUAACCAGCAUCCCUAAGGUGAACGUCGCCACGGAAACCACCAAAACAGAGCAGAAGCCCCUCCUUCCCCAUGGCAACCUCAUCACUGCAUGCACUCGGACACUCACCCUUGUCCCCUCCUCCCUCCCACUCCACACGCCAGUUCCCUCCACCCUCCCUCUCUACACCUUUGUCAGAUCCCUCCCUCCCCCUACCCCCGUCCGCUCCUCCCUCCCUCUUCCCACCCCCUUGGACACGCCCUCUCCCAGGAUAGCCAUUAACACAGACCCUCUACAGCCAAACCCCUCCCCUGCUCCGGUCGCACAGCCCCCUGCCUCCCGUCACAUCCCCUCCAACCUCAGCCGCAUAGACCUCCGCAGAAAGAAGCGCUGUCGCUUCUCCUCCAAGGGAUCCUCCAUUACCUCCCUUCUGGCCCAGCAGCAGAAGCGAGCAGAAGAAGGCACCUCCUUGCUGCAGGAGUUCCUGAGGAGGCAGGAGGGGCAGGCCAAGGAGGAGCAGGGGCGUCGCAGCAGGAUGGAGGCCCGGGGGAGGAGGCGCGAGAGGAGGGAGGCGCGCAUGGCAGAGUCCCUGGGUAGGAUGGCCACGGCUCUGGAGCUGCUUUCCUCCAAACAGGACACAGUCAUUGCCCUGCUGCAGAGACUGGCUGAGAGAGACAGGAAGUGACAGUCAUCGCUCCGGGUUGUCACUAACUUCUAUAGCCACAAAGCCAUAAUUAUGGCUAAACCCUGCCUAUUUUUACUAUUCAUCUUCUUAAAUUUAGAUUUUUAAACCUAACAUUAACCACACUACUAACCUUAUGCCUAAUCUUAAAAUAAGUACAAAAAGCUCAUGUUUGUUUUCAUGAAUUUUGAGUUUAUGGCUAUAUAAUCUAGUGGAAACGCUGUUGCAGAGACUAGCUGAAGUGACACUGUAAUCGCCCUACUGCAGAGCCUGGCCGAGAGACGGGGGGAGGCUGACUCAGCAUGCAACCGAAGGGGUACUCUUUUUCCCUAUAUUGUGCACUCUCUAUGAGCUAAAACCCACCUUGUGUCCCAGGUCUAAAUUGGUCCCUGAUUAGAGGGGAACUGGGUUCGAAGGUUCAUAUUCAAAUUUGCAUAAUAUAAGGAUUAGGGUGCCAUUUCGGACGCGAGACUCAGAUAAUGUUAAUUGAUUGUGUUGUAGAAUUUACAAUGGAAUAACAAUUUUGAUUGAUUAAAUGGUUAAUUAAUUAA